GUGAAUUAUUACAUAACCACUAAUGAAAUACCAGGUGAGCUUUUGCGCGAAAACUUGAUACUGAUCUUCAGACUUAGAUAGAUAGAUAAUAGAUAAAUUAUCUAUCUAUCUAUUAUCUAUCUAUCUAAGUCUGAAGAUCAGUAUCAAGUUUUCGCGCAAAAGCUCACCUGGUAUUUCAUUAGUGGUUAUGUAAUAAUUCACAUUCUUUUACUUUCGAUAUUUAAACACAGUGAUGUUAAAACAAUUCCUAUCGACGCCUGAAAGACUUGUAAAGAUCACCGUUGCCAUGGCUACAUAAUAAACCGCACCUUUCGUGGCCAAAUGAUAUCAAAGCGAAAUAGUUUGGUAUCUUAUUGGUGUUUGUAUAAAAAAUACAACAAUACAUGGCCGCUUGGAGAUACGAAAUUUCUCUUUGAGUAAUCGAGAAUAUUUCACUCGUUCGCUUAACACUCAAGAAGAAAUUUCGUAUCUCCGCGCGGAUAUGUAAGAUAUCCUCUUUGUAAAUAGUUUGACAAGUGGGCUUUUUGCUCCAGUUAUAACCGUCUGUUUCUUUAUCUGUUUUAAGAAACAAGUCAGUUAAAGCACUUAACAGUCCCCUAGCUUAUCGAAAGCUACAAAGAUGCCGUUUGACUCUUUUUCCCGGUACUAAGAGAGACAUGUCUUGUUUAGUUGUGUAUAAAAUUAGAUACAAAUAUGAAGAACAAUCAAAUGAAGGAAACGUAGUAAAAACCUUGAAGCAGGAUAUAUAGAAGAAGGAAGGGCCCAAAAUCCAAGACCCCUGCAACCCUUUAGGCAGGAAUAACAAUUAGACAGAUACCUACAUUCAGUCUGAAACGUCUCCUCUGGAAGAAUUCAAAUCCAAAACGGCCCGCUCUAAUACUUUGGCAGAUCACUUCGUCAUUACAAGAUGGCUCCACCGGUAUGAGUUCAGUAUCACUCUCCGAUGGCCCAAACGGAAAAAGAUUGCUCGCAGGUGCAAUUGCUUCAAAGGAGAAAGAAAGAGCACAAUAAAAAGGCAAUUCUAACUCUAAGCGAGUGUGCUUCGUGUGACAUUUAGCCUCUUUCUAUGAAGGCUUAAACCGCACUUUUCAUUAGGCUGGUUGAUAAACAUUUUCACCAUGCAAAACUACAACGUCUCAACAAUAUUAAAUAAGUAAAUAUUUUGCAGAGAUAUCUUUUAAGAUUACUUCAACUAUCUUUUUCGUUCUAAUCUGCUACAGUAGGGCUUUUCUGUUAAAAUAUAAAUCGCCAAUUGCCAGGGGCACCCAACGACAAUAUAGUUCAAAACCACUUAAACAUAGCAUUGUUUAACGUAUUAUAGUAUUUAAACGGUAGAUAUAGGCAUAUUUUUAUCCCCUGAAAAUUUUUCAUCUGUUCGGAUUUCCUAGCUGAAAGUCUAGUGAUCCGAAAAUUAUAGGGAUCAAAACUUACCUUUUCGAAAAUUUCAGCCAGGAAAAGGUUCCUGAAAAUUCUAGGUGACCUUCUUAGGAUAAAGAUCCGUUAAAAAUGGGCAAUUAUACCUUUUUUUUAGAUGUUCGAAAAUCCUAGGAGAGGCAGGCAAGCAAGAAAUUUUACAACAAAUGUUCCGAAAAUUCUAGAUCUCAAAUCGUCUUCCGAACAGAUAUUUUCCGAAAAUUGACGUUGGGUGCCCCUGAAUUGCGGGUGCAUAGACAUAGACAUAGAAGUACUCUAUUUAGAUACGGUUAAAAAUCAGUAUCUGAAGGUAAUGAAAAUCUAAAAUACUAGUCUGCGUUUUUGCCGUGUGGGUACCCGUUGAUGAAUGAUAGACAUUUAUUCCAUCUGUAAACCUUGUUGGCAGUCCAUCNGGGGGGGGGGGGGGGGGGGGGGGGGGGGAGGGAAGGAGGGGCAUUUGCUUCUUUAGCCUUUUGAACAUGAUAGCCACCCCUUGUUUUGGUCAGAUAUCUGAAUCCUAUCCAAUCAAAGCAAGAAAGGGAUCUAUACUAGCGUCAUAUCUAGAUUUGGCAAUUACCGUAGCUCCGCGGUUUUGUAAUUUUUGAAGUUUAUCGUUUAAAGUGUGGAUGAGACCAUACCAUACACCGCAGCAGUACAUAAAGUGGGGAUCAACUAAAGUCUUAUUCAUUUUUGCAGCUGAAAAUGAGUAAAUGAUUGUUUGGUCUCACACGUUUCAAGGUGCCGAUUCCUGAAAAAUCUUUUUUGAAAUAUUUAUGAUAUGCUUGCAUCAGGAGAGGGUCUCGUCAACUGUUAGUCCAAGAGACGAUAUGUGCACUGUUGGAGACCCCAGCUUGGGUUUCUACCCUUUAGCGACAUUUAGGUUACACUUGUUAGCUCUUAGCCAAGAGUUAACGUUGGCUACCUAAGUGACGAUCAUUGUUUAAGAUCAUAGUAGAUAAAAAGCCGAUGCUACUGACAUCCACAAACAUUCCAGCAGUGCCCUUGUUAAAAUAGUUUGGAAAAAAAUUUAUGUACCAUAGAAAAGGUCAUGAGCCAACAAAAAAACAUAAACAAAACCGCAAGUUAUUCCACAAGGGGAAAAUGGAUGGCAAUUAACGCAACACAGUAGAAUCCUAGAAAACAGGUAGGAUGCAAAACAGCUGACUGCAUUUCAGACCGACUGCAAUUCCGACCAGGUCAAAUUCGGCAAAAUUAUAGGUGACAAUUACCUGGUAAAUAGUGUCUAAUCAAACACAUCAAAAACACAACAGUUAAAAAAACAAAUACCAACUCUUACUGGGAGUUGAAGGUAAAAUGCUUUGACUAAAGGAAAAACUGGCUGACAAGCUAGCACAGAUGAAGUCCGAGAGACUUGGCGACACACUGGGCGAUGUAGACGCCGAUGCACUGGUCGACAAACUGGCUGACACGCUAGCAGAUAGCGACGCUGAUACAGUUGCCGACACACUGGGCGAUGUUGAGACCGAUGCACUCGUCGACACGCUGGCUGAAAGGCUAGCAGAGGUGGAGGCCGAGACACUUUCCGACACACUGGGCGAUGUAGACGCGGAGGCACUGGUCGACAAACUGGCUGACACACUAGCAGAUGGCGACGAUGAUACAGUUGCCGACACACUGGGCGAUGUGGAGACUGAUGCACUCGUGAACACACUGGCUGAAAGGCUAGCAGAGGUGGAGACCGAGACACUUUCCGACACACUGGGUGAUGUAGACGCCGAGGCACUGGUCGACACGGUCGCUGAAACGCUAGCAGAUGGCGAGUCUGGCACAGUUGGCGACACACUGGGCGAUGUGGAGGCCGAGAAACUGGUCGACACACUGGCUGACAAGCUGGCAGAGGUUGAGGGCGAGACACUUGCCGACACACUGGGCGAAGUGGAGACCGAGGCACUUGUAGACACACUGGUUGACAAGCUAGCAGAGGUGGAGGCCGAGACACUUGCCGACACACUGGGCGAUGUAGACGCCGAGGCACUGGUCGAGACACUUGCUGACACGCUAGCAGAUAACGAGUCUGAGACACUUGGUGACACACUGGGGGAUGUGGAGACCGAUACACUCGUCGACACACUGGCUAAAAGGCUAGCAGAGGUGGAGGCCGAGACACUUUCCGACACACUGCGCGAUGUAGAUGCCGAUGCACUGGUCGACAAACUGGCUGACACGCUAGCAGAUAGCGACGCUGAUACAGUUGCCGACACACUGGGCGAUGUUGGGACCGAUGCACUCGUCGACACGCUGGCUGAAAGGCUAGCAGAGGUGGAAGCCGAGACACUUUCCGACACACUGCGCGAUGUAGACGCGGAGGCACUGGUCGACAAACUGGCUGACACACUAGCAGAUGGCGACGAUGAUACAGUUGCCGACACACUGGGCGAUUUGGAGACUGAGGCACUUGUAGACACACUGGUUGACAGGCUAGCAGAGGUGGAGACCGAGACACUUGCCGAGACACUGGGCGAUGUAGACACGGAGGCACUGGUCGACAAACUGUCUGACACGCUAGCAGAUGGCGACGCUGAUAGAGUUGCCGACACACUGGGCGAUAUGGAGACCGAUGCACUCGUCGACACACUGGCUGAAAGGCUGCCAGAGGUGGAGGCCGAGACACUUUCUGACACACUGGGCGAUGUAGACGCCGAGGCACUGGUCGAAAAACUGGCUGACACGCUAGCAGAAAACGGGUCUGACACACUUAAUGACACACUGGGCGAUGUGGAGACUGAUGCACUCGUGAACACACUGGCUGAAAGGCUAGCAGAGGUGGAAAACGAGACACCUGGCGACACACUCAGCGAUGUGGAGGGCGAGGCACUGAUUGACAUACUGGCUAAAAAACUAGCAGAGGUAGUGGCUGAGACACCUGCCGACACAAUGAGCGAUGUGGACUCCGAGGCACUGGUCGACACACUGGCUGACAGGCUAGCAGAG